AUGGGAAGAAUCGGCAACAUUACACGCAACAACGCAUUUACGAGGAAUAAAGUAGAACUUAAUAACAUAUUUGCACAUUGUUUAGAAAAUGAGAAUUUUCAUAAUAAACGUAGGAAUAGUUGUCAUGUGAUACAAUUAAGGAAUUAUAAUGUAAAAAAAUUAACAAAUGAGAAGAAGAAGAAUUCUUUUAAUUGUUCAGAUGUUCAUGGGUUAGUAGGUAAUAGAACUAAUGUAAUGAGAACAAACAAUGCUCGUUAUUUUUCGAGUAAUAAUAGUUAUGAAAGAAACUUAUACUUAGAAAAUUAUGCUAAAAUAAAAGAAAAUAUUAAUAGUAUAGAUAAUGAAGAAUCUGUUAUUAUGACCAUUUUGAAGGAAAAAACGUAUGACUGUAUACAGAAAACGAAAGAAAAAAUAAAAACAAUUAUGCAUACAUAUCCAAAUACACCCAUAUCUAUAUGUACACCAAAUAAUGUAAUUGGUGGAUUGAGAAAUACAAUAACUUUAAUUACUGAUACUUCCAUUUUAGAAAAAAGAAAAGGAAUUUUAUUUAGAGGUAGACCUGUAGAUAAGAUAUUAAAAGAUUUUCCCAAAUGGGACAAUACUUGUGAAUAUCCUAUGGCUGAAGCUAUGUUUUGGUAUUUAUUAACAAAAGAAAUACCAGCUGUUGAUGACUUAAAACUUUUUUCAAGAGAAUUAUAUUGCAGAGCUAAAAAAAUUCCGUUAUUUGUUUUUGAAUUUAUUGAUAAUAUACCAACAUUUACACAUCCAAUGAGUCAAUUAAUAUCAACAGUUUCUUUUUUGGAAUCUUUAUCUUUAUUUAAAUUAAAAUAUUCUACAGGAAUAUUAAAAACAGAAUACUGGAAAUACAUUUUGGAAGAUGCUGUUUCCUUAAUAGCACAAAUUCAAGUUAUCGGUGCUUAUAUUUAUAAGAGAACUUUUAUAGAUAAUACUAUUAAAAAAGGGGAAGGUAUAGAAUUAGAUAUUGAUCUUGAUUGGUCAGCUAAUUUUACAAAAUUAAUAGGUUAUGAAGAUAAUGAAGUGAGAGAUUUGUUAAGACUUUAUUUUUUACUACACAGUGAUCAUGAAGGAGGAAAUGCAAGUGCACAUGUAUCUCAUUUAAUUGGAAGUACUUUAGGUAAUCCAUAUUUGUCCUUUUCUGGGUGUGCUAUCGCAUUGUAUGGUCCUUUACAUGGACUAGCUAACCAAGAAUGCUUAAAAUUUUUAUUGGAUAUAAAAAAACACUUAGGUGAUAAACAACUAACAUAUGGUUUUAUUGAAAAAUAUGCGCAAAAUUUUCUUAACUCCGGAAGAGUUAUACCGGGAUAUGGUCAUGCAGUUCUAAGAGUCCCCGAUCCCCGUUUUUUAGCUCUCAGAAAUUUUGCCUUAACUCAUUUUCCAGAUGACCCAAUAGUACAAAUACUUGAAAUGUGCUAUAAAGUAAUACCAGGAAUACUUUCAGCUACUGGUAAAGUGAAAAAUCCAUAUCCUAAUGUAGAUUGUUACAGUGGUUCUCUAUUAUAUCACUAUGGCAUUAAAUACCCGGAAUAUUAUACGGUACUUUUUGCUAUCUCUAGAUCCAUAGGUGUAAUGUCCCAACUAGUUUUAUCAAGGGGUUUAAUGUAUCCAUUAGAGCGACCCAAGUCGGUAGACAUACACAAUUUAAAAAAAAUAUGCGAAAGGAAUUAUGUUAAAAUUGAGGAAUUCGAAUAA